UUUCAAGAGGAAAAGAAAAUGCCUGAACCCUCGAAGUCAGCUCCAGCUCCUAAAAAGGGGUCAAAGAAGGCAGUAACUAAAGCGCAGAAGAAAGAUGGCAAGAAGCGCAAACGCAGCCGCAAGGAAAGUUAUUCCAUCUACGUGUACAAGGUGCUGAAGCAGGUCCAUCCUGACACGGGCAUUUCAUCCAAGGCCAUGGGCAUCAUGAACUCGUUCGUCAACGACAUCUUCGAGCGCAUCGCCGGAGAGGCGUCCCGCCUGGCGCAUUACAACAAGCGCUCCACCAUCACGUCCCGGGAGAUCCAGACGGCCGUGCGCCUGCUGCUGCCCGGGGAGCUGGCCAAGCACGCCGUGUCUGAGGGCACCAAGGCCGUCACCAAGUACACCAGUUCCAAGUAGACAGUCUCUGCACACAACACAAAAGGCUCUUUUAAGAGCCACUUCCAUUUUCACAGAAUUGCUGUAAUUAAGGCUGUGUGUGGCGUCGGUCUCUCUAAUCCGGAACAAGUUACUUAACCUUUGCGUGUUCUAGGAGCUGCAUGACUGAACACUAAAUAAUAAACAGUUCCUGCUUUGGGAGUAAGUAUGGGAAACGUUUAGUUGAAUUUCUCCUGUUACAGGAGAGUGUGCUCAGCCCCGAAGCUUGUUAGGUGAAGGGGGUUUCAACCAAUGCAACUUACGAAAAUCAAUUUGUUUUUUGCAAGUGGGAAGUUUUAGGUAACCCUUUUCACAAUAAUUUGAUUUGGCAGGAAUUGUUGGCUCAUUCAGAAAGUUGUUUCCUAAGAAGCACUGGAUUUUGAUGAGUCGUUUCUGACAGGCCGACCGUAUUUGGGCUUUUCUUGGCAGAGAUAAUGGAGUGGUUUGCCAUUUUCUUCUCUGGUUCAUUUUAUUGAUGAGGAAAC